UGGAAGGUGGUUUCAGAGGAAGCGCUGUGGACGGCUGUGUUUCCGCCAAACCUCCUCUGAACAGAGAGACCAUUAGACACCCGGGACGCACUCACUCGAAUGGUAUUUCAUCUCCCAUUACAACACGAUGUCAAUGACUGAGGAUCUUCCAGACAUGGAUGGAACAGAUCUGUUGGGGAUGCUGUUUCAUGACGGAUCUACUGAGCCCUUCUUUCCUGAUGGGAGCGGGCUCAUCGAAUCCUGGCUGUCUGAACAAGAUAUGCUCACCGGUAUGGAUACUGAAGACUUUCUGUCCAGCUUGUUAGAAGAGGAGGACACUAUGGGGACUAUCUGUCCCUCUCAUUCUCCCUUGGGCAGUGACAGUGGCAUUUCUGAUGACAGCAGCACUGGGGUUGGAAACAACAAUGCUCUGGGAUGCCCAAGUCCUCACAGCAGUGAUAGUGAUGUUGUGCCCAGCCCCAGUUACUCGCAGCCCAGUCCUGUGCACUCAGACCCUGCACUGGCCCCUGGAGAGCUCCACACAGAGAGUGUGGAGGCCUUGACAGUCAAGGCAGAUCACAGCUACUCUUUGCUGCAGAGUGGAGGGACAGACAUGGAUAUCCUGCAGAGUGUGAGGGCAGAGAGGCCAGAUACAGAUGUCUUCAUUGAUCUGGACGACCUGGUGAGUGAGGAAAUGGAUGAGGACGAUGACGACGUCACCAGUGAGCUCCCCUGCACUUUGGCCAUAGAGGAAUUAACCGAGGUUUCCACGUUGACCAACAAAACAGACCAGUUUCAGUUCAAAGAGAUUGUACUCAGUGAGGAGGAGAAGCGGCUUCUGAAUAAAGAGGGAGUCACCAUCCCCACACACAUGCCUCUCACAAAGGCAGAGGAGAGGUCCUUGAAGAGGAUCAGGAGAAAGAUCCGCAACAAGCAGUCUGCUCAGGAAAGCCGCAAGAAGAAGAAGGUGUAUGUCGACGGACUAGAGAACAGGGUUGCCAUCUGCACUGCACACAACCUGGAAUUGCAAAAGAAAGUCCAAUUGCUCCAUAAACAGAACAUAUCCUUGAUUGAGCAGCUGAAGAAACUACAGUCGAUGGUGAAGAUGUCGACUAUGAAGGUCAGCACAACCAGCACUUGUGUUAUGGUGUUCCUGCUCUCGUUCUGCCUCAUCAUCUUCCCAUCAGUCAAUCCUUUUGGUGGAAAAGCAGAACAAAAGGAAAUCUACACACCCACCUCCAUCAUCUCACGGACCUUGCGCUCACUGCCACAAGACAGCACGUAUGCCAUGUCCUACCUGGAGCCCGAAGAAGAUGAUUAUACAUUUGGCACCCAAGCAGAGGUGGAUAAUGUUAAAGCCAUAUUUACUCAAAGUAGUCCGAAAAAUCACACCCCUGACUACCAGAGAGUGGAGCAACCUGACUCGGAAACAGGCGUCAACAGCAACUCUUCAGCAGACUUCGCCAGUCCCGCUCAGGCUGCAGAGAUGAAGCCAGGUCCAGCUGGGGGUUUAGGGAUCUCACAGGAAGGAUCCAUUGACCCGGUGGUGGCAUAUGAGGUAGCAGGGUCCAAGGAUAACUGGAUAGACCGGAACCCUCCCUCUGUCAUAUUACCUCAGCACCACUCUGAUGAGAUGUAGUAGCGAUAUUUAUCAUCAUAUCCACUACGGCGCUCCAUAAUCCUGAUAUUUUGGGUACAAGAGGGAAUAUAAACUUACAUAAUGAUGAUGAUGAAGGGAAAAUACCUGUAAAUACAAGACCUCAGAUCAAACUGCCCCAAUGUUUCCCCUACUUCUGUUACUUGAUUUGCACUUUGUUCCGUUUUCCUUGAACCAAUAGACACUCCAGCAGUGUAAACUACCUAAUGAAAAGGACAAUGCAGAGAUAAUAUGCAUGUCUGUGUUGCUGGAGGCCAUGUGCCAAGUUGGUAGCACUGUAGUAAAGCAGUUAAAGACUCAAAUUUUGUCAACUUGUUGGCACCCCCACAAGACGUUUUGACCAUCACAUCAUAAUAUACGCUUCUUAAUCACGACCCUCUCGUAGUGAAUUGCGGUGAAAACAAGUACGCCAUGAAUUUUGCACAGCAACUUAAUUUGCAACAUCCAUUGCAUUGUUGAAGACAGGCUGCUCGAUUCCCAUUAAGCUUGAUCCAAGCUGUCAAUCACCACGGUGCUUAAGCCAUUGCAGGACAUUUGGCCAUUUAGAAGACUUUUAAAGUUUGUUAGCAUUUCCCUUGUAACAAGGGUUUCCACGCACCUUUUUCAUUGUUUCUGUUUUGACGUUAAUGUAAAGCAAACCAGGAGACUUUGUCUUUUAAAUUAGAGAGGAAGACACUAAACCUUUUGACUGUAGAAUUGUUAGUCGACCCCAGUCUACCCUCGAAGUCAUGUU